AUGAAGAGAGGCCACCGAUCAGUGUGGGUGAAACCUUAUUUACUGCGAAGAGAUAACAGAGGUAUGCACCAUAACCUCUUCCUUGAACUUGCAUUAGAGGAUCCUAAUAGAUUUAGAAGAUGCUUGCGUAUGGACACUGAGCCUUUUCAGUAUUUGCUGGAGAAAGUGACGCCACUUAUUGAGAAGCAGAAUACUGAUAUGAGACAGAGUAUUCCACCUUCAGAAAGGCUUUCAUUAACACUAAGGCAUCUUGCAACAGGUGAAUCUCAAGAGUCUCUUCGCCUUUCUUUUCGAAUUGGUCAGAGUACUAUAUCUCGUAUUGUAAAAGAAGUUUGCUCUGCUAUUUAUCAAGUUCUUAAAGAUCAGUAUGUGAGAAUGCCACAAUCUGAGGAAGAGUGGAAAGUUGUUGCAUAUGAUUAUGGCACUAGGUGGAAUUAUUACAACUGUAUAGGUGCCAUGGAUGGAAAACAUAUCAGAAUUGAUCCACCUUUAUCCUCAGGGUCACUAUACCAUAACUAUAAAGGAUACUCUAGUAUUGUGCUCUUGGCUUUG